UCCAGCAGCCAGUUUCAGUCUGUCAGCCUUUGUUUCUGCAGGAUGUGUCGCAGCUGCUUCCCACGCAGAUAAAAUUGUUGUAUUUCAGAUGAGAUGCAAACUCACUUCCUACAGCCUGCUCAGACCCCGACCCCUAUGAUGAUCCACGCAAAUUCAAACUGACACAUAGCUGGCAUGUUUCACAUGAAAGAACCAGAAGCUCUUAAUCGUACAUUAAUCGUUUAAAAAGCCGAAGCCGACUGGAUGUCGUUUAACAGUUUGCUGAAGAGCGCAGAUAAGUUUCGCCCUGCAAGAACAGGAAGCGAGAGAAAGAGCGCCACUGACACAGAAGUGAAACCUGCGCCGGGGAAGCUUCAGUCCCACGAUGUCAUCCAGCUGCUGGUGAAGUGAAGGAAUGGAGAGCCCGUCCUCCACAGCGAGGCGGCGCGCCUGGAUCAACAGCAGUCGACAAUGGCCCACCGUGGAGGAACUUGACCCCGAAGGGCCGUUGUGCAGCCUCCCGUCUGUCUCUAUAGCAGAUGAUGAUGUCUUUUCGGAUGGAUGCGUCACAGGAAAGAUUGCCAACUGGCUCCUGGACUGUGGGUCAGAGGCCUGCUCACAGAACACCGGUCAGCUGAGCUUUGAGUCUGUGCUCAAAGCCAACAACUUUGAUGAUGACCUGAGUCUCGGUGCUGAUGCUUCUGAGUUAAAUGGUGGAGAAAUUACAUGUGAAGAUGGCCUCACACAGCAUUCCUCCUCUAGACCGCGUCAUGGCCGACUCACUAGCAGCCCUCAUCCAGGACUAUGUCUGCCAUCGCUGAACUUGGGACACAGCAUGGCCUCCAGCUGCAUCUCCACUUCCACCUAUAAAACUACAUCAAGUAUAUCAGAGGUCCUGCAGAUGUGUUCAGAGGAUGCAGAGGAGACGUUGUACGAGCUUGGUUUUGGUUGCGAUGAGCCACAGGUCACUGUUCGCAUCCCCACUCGCUUCUUCACCUUCCCCUCUCAGGCUCAGGGCAUUAACUUCCGCCUCUUCCUGGACUCACAGAUAUGGCGGAUACGAGAAGAAGACCCCAGCCUCUCUCUUGCUAGUCGUUUCAGACAAGUUCAAGUGCUCACGGCAAUGGCCAACGCUUUCUACUCCCUCUACUCCCAUGUGUCCCGCACCCCUCUUCAGAAACUGGCCACACCUGAGUUUAUCUUCUCUUCUCCUGUUGAGAGGUUUGAACGCUUUAGAAGCAGCGUUCGCAGCGAGCCGCGUUCUCCGGUGGACAGGCUGAAGGACACCGUCUCCAAGAUGUGUCUCUACACAGGCUCUCCUCGUGGAUCAGACUCCACCUCUCCGCAGCCUUCACCCAGGAAAAGGUCCAGCCUCCCUGAUGUUGUGUCUAUACUCCAGGAGAAAAUCAAAUCUGGACCAGUCAAGAAAUUGGAUUUGGGGGAAUAUAAUAGGAGUAAUUCAGCUGUGGAUGCUGGGCUAAUCAUGGAAGGGGAUAAAUCCUGUAAUGGUGGGAAAGAAGAGCAAACACAGCAGACUGUGGUUGACACCAACAUUCCUCAGAAUGGAAAUAAAAUCAGUAAACACGCAAACAAGGCUGAUGUCAAACUAACAGACCCUGACAACAGGACUCACAGCGUAAGAACAUCUCUAGCAUCAUCAUUAUCAGGAGAAACUGUGAUAGAAACAGAUCAUCAGUUUCUCUCAUGUCAGCCAGAGCUGGACUCAUGUUCCAUUCAAAGCGAUACAAGGACAGCUGAUGCGAAACGCAUUGUCAAAGCUACUUAUGAUCUAAUCUGCCCUCAGAUAGUUGAGAGUGUACACCAGGCACCUUUCUGCUCUCAAGAUACACAUAGUCUGAAAAAAAACACCUUACCUCCUAUCUCCCCUGAGACAGAAACCAUAGAUAUAUCAUGUUCUGGAUUACACAAACUCCAUAUACAAAAAGCUGCCUCUGAGCACGAUGAGGACUCAAGUGAUGUUACCUCUUCAGGGGAAGCCAAACAGGUGGAUGCUUCCAGAUCACUUCCUGUCCUAACCCCCAGUGGCUGCUAUACCCAAUACUACAUCACUGUGACGGGCUGGGAGGGGGACGGUGUCUCUUCCUGCUCCUUGAAUAUACCACAUUCCAGUCAUACUUCAGCUGUUCCACCUGUCCAGACAAGCGAAGAGUUAUCUGAGGAGGGGAGAAGCCGGUACCUAAAUCCAUUCACACACCAGGGCCUGCGGAAAUUCUCCACUAACCUACAGCAGGUUAACUCUUUUGAGCUGGAAGAGGUGCACAGUGCAGGAGAGGAAGAUGUUGGACAGUCAGAAGCUUUGAGAACACCGUUGUCCACAGAACGUCAGUACAAUGAAAAAGUUGUCCGGGACGACAGCAUCCAGUCAGACAGCAGUGGCUACGCGGACGAAGAAGUCAGUCCCUCAUCAGAUGGACACAAUAGAUGACAGAAAACCCAGAACUCUGUGUGAAAAGUAGGGUUUUCUCACCGAUGGACUUCUUCCUCCUCCUGCAUUGAAGCUCUGACUUUAUACAACUGAUGACUUGGAAAUCGAAUCCAGGCAAAGGCAGUAGUCAAACAGGCCCAGGACUAUGGUACUACAGUAUAAGAGACUUGGUCACAUGCAAAGAAUUACAUUUCAUGCAAAGAAUUCAUGCAAAGAACGUCACGUGCAAAGAAUUAUGUUUCUUCACAGUGCUCAUGCCGAGUACAGAAUAUUGUAAAUGCUUGCAUAUUUAAUACAUACAAGAUUUUUAUGAAACACUGUGUGGAUCGUAUUUGGACAGAAUGGUAAAUCACUCUGGAAU